AAAAUGAGACAAGAAAUUAUUAUGCUUAUAUUAUUAUUUGGUCUAUUUUCUAGCAGCGAAUCCAUGAGUAAAUUAGAGGCUAAUAUUGCAACCAAGAAAAUUCUAAAAGAGAUGUGUAGCGGGGAGCGACAUGAUUCUGAUUCUGGGAAGAUUUUAUGUGAUACAAUUAUUAACUUCAUGGAAAGUCUUUCGAUUAGCGGGUGUGUGAACGCAGCAAAAUUACUAGCUGGUACGGUUAAUUGCGAAAUUUCAUUUUCUAACUAUGCGGAGUUUUUGGAGUCUACAUGUAAAAAUUAUUUUUUAUUUAACAACAAACUUUGGUGCCCACUUCGAGACCCGUGUUGUAUUAAACACGCGGACGAAAUUGUACGGGGGUUAUUCCCCAGUUGCUCAGAAAUAGCAAAGGCUAUAAUUGAUUUAUCAAGUAAAAUCUGUAAUACAUCAAAAAAUGCGGGAGUGGAGUCUGCUAAUGAAGGCUGUAGAGUUGCCGUUAACUUGGCAAUAUUUAAACCGCGCCAAGCUUGUUAUCAAAUAUUUUCGCCUACGCAUCUUGCACCUUCCAAUCCAAGCAGCUUUUAUUAGAAACAAACGUUCCAGAAAUGGUCAAAGAAGUGGCAAUGAUGGGAAUCAAUAAAACAAGAAUUUGAUUAAAAUUGCUAAUAUUAAUUAAAAUUUAAUCAUUAUAUAUUUAAUUGAAAAUACAUAAAAGUACUGGCACUUUUUUUUGUUUUAAUGUUUUUUUCUCAAUUUUUACGACUAAUAGGUUUUGGUUUUUUGUCUUUUAAGCAAAUUUUAUCAAGUUUUUUUUGGCUCUACUUCACUAUGAGUCCAAUUGAACUUUUAAUUCCAAACAAACUAAAUAAAAAUUCUAUUUUUCAAUACCUCAAAAAAGAGG